AUGGCGACAUCAUCGAAGCCCGCGGUCCUCCCGCUGGCAGCGGAGGGAAAGAGCAAGGACCUGUACGCGAUCUUGGAGGUAGAUCGCUCGGUGGGCGUGGAGGCUCUACGGGCCGCCUACCGUAGGGCCGUCCGUCGAGCGCAUCCCGACAAGGGCGGCAGUGCGGAGGCCUUUCUGGCUGUGGCGCGUGCCUUUGAGAUCUUAUCAAACCCAGCUUCCAGGAGUUCCUAUGACCAAGAGCUCGCCACACCGCGAGUCGCCAAGCGAUGCCGAGACGACGAGAUCCGCGGGUCUUCAGCGCGUCGCAAACGGUCGCAGGAGGAGUACCGACUGCAGGAGUCGCUGUCGAGGCUCCGAGAGGUUCUGCAAUCGAUGGAGCUUUGUAGUCGAAAGCGUGGGAUCUCCACUCUGCCCAUGGACAUCAAGACGCAUCUCGCCCAGUUCAUGGCUGACGCGACCCCCACGGACGCCGUCCACACCGCGGUGGACGGUCGGACAGCGCUGUCCAGCUCGCUUCGACUUCGAGCAAUGUCAGUGAAAGGGUGCAAGAAGUACAGUGCGCAGAUGGAUCUUGACUGCUUGCGCAGCUACACGCGCCACGUGGCCUUCGACGUGGCCCUGGAGCAGCAGCUCAUCCUCUCGGAUCUCAGGGACAAGCUUUUCAUGGCAGAUGAGGUCGACCCGUCGAUCUGGGCGCCACCCUUCAAGGUCUGCGAGAUCAUCCGACACGUUCUUGCAGCACAUGGGACAUGCGAAAAGCAGCUGGGUCUCAGCGUCUUUGUCCAGCUGCGAGCAUCUGAGUGGGUGGCCAACCGCUACAGUUUGACCAGUCCGGUGAUGUGCUUCGCCAAGGCGGUGAAGCUCCGCUGGCGCCUGAAGAGCGCGCGGACCUGGCCCGAGCUGCGCGAGGAGUGGCUGCAACUGCUGCAGAGCGGACGUCGGAGGCUGGACGAGGCAGCUGCCGUGCAGUUGGUGGACGCCGCGCGGCGGCAGUUUUUGCAGCAGAAGUUCCAGAAGGCCGUGACCAAGGUGUCACAGGCCCUGGACGUACAAACGCGCACGAAGAUGCCCAAGAUCUCCGAGCCGCCGCAGGCCAGCCACAAGUGGUGCUGA